AUGAAGCCAGUGAGCGUAACGGAAAUCUGGCGCGCUCUCGGGGCAAAGGGUUUAGACCAGGAAAGCAUCAGAGAGCUGUUAAGAGAAAUCCUUCAAUCGAAUCCGGUUUACACUGGCCGGAAGGUAAACGCGGCUAUAGCUGACGCAAUUCGAGGUGACAUUGAAACUUACAUCGACCGCAUGCCACAAUGCAUCAAGGCUAAGUAUCAUAACAAUGGUCCCGAGACAGUUCAGAAGCUCUACGAUCUUGCUCUCAUCAGUGUUAAGAUUGCCAUGAAGAAAGACCGAAGGACACCCGCCCCAGGCAGGAGUCAAGCUCCCCAGAAUCCAGGGCGUUCGUCAGAACCAGCGGUGAUGCCAGCAGUGACGCCGGCAUCUUCGCAAGUAACUCAACCACAUAUGCUCACUCAAUUUCGUGACCAUCAGGUCCUUAUCAAGUUUGGACCCGGGCAGUCGCGGGUUCAGGGCUUUAUACUCAGUCAGUUCCGCAAACCAGGCAUCUUACAAUCCGCCCCAUACAUCGAGCAGUUGGAGCUCGAUUGGUCCAUGUUUACAGAUGCACUCGAAGAGUGUUGUGGGUGGAGACAGGACACCCACCAUAUCACAUGCGACCUCAAGCUUGAUGACCGUCAUUAUGAAAACACUAUCUUUGGUAAGAAGACUUGGAUUGGAGCUCUGGGUUUAAUGCUGCCUGGCCCCAUAAUCUUCAACGUUAAGCGCAAGAUUGAUAUUUCUACACCCAACCCUGCGCAAAGCCCACAGAGAAUUCCAUUCCCACCUGCAAGCUCGCCGCCUCCCAUCAGUGGCAGUAACCCUUCCCGGCGACCAUGCAGCCCAGUCGAAGUGGCCAUCACCAACAUAAACCAUGCCACGCGCGAACAUGAGCAGGAGCAGCGGAAGCGGCAGGUUAAGACAGAGAAGUAUUCAGGCCCUAAAAUCAAAGCCCAAAGCAGAGCUAAUUGUGGUCCAGUAACUCCGACAGCGACAUUCCGACACGGAAACGUGCCAAACGUGUUGGGCGCAGAUAAUAUCGGUAGACCAAACAACAACAGCCCGGCUGGUCACAACGCCCACCUCCCAACACUCACUGCAGCAGACCCCGCAAACCUUGAAAUGGCUCACAGCAUAGUUUAG